GGUAUGUCGCCAUGUGGGACGACCGCCCUACCUGCGCUGAGCGCUACAGGUCCUGCGGGCAGGACAUCGCUAUCAAAACCCUAAUCUUGCAAGCGUGACGCCUUGAGCCCUACAGCGGCGCCGCAACGCACGGCCCCCCCUUCGACCACCUCGAUUCGACGAGUUUUGAGUCAGGUUUUCCUUGUCGUUUUCUUCGGACACGAACGUCUGUGGACUGGGCGAGCAAGGUUUUCGUUUCGUCCUCCAUAGGGGUGGGGGGUGGGGAGAGAGAGAGAGAGAGAGAGAGAGAGAGAGAGAGAGAGAGAGAGAGGGGGGGGGAGAGAGAGAGAGAGAGAGAGAGAGAGAGAGAGAGAGAGAGAGAGAGAGAGGGGGGCUCAGAUGGCGACGUGUUUGAGUGAUGUGGCGAUGACGUCGUAUCUGGGGGCUGGCAAUCCCAACAUCACCAAGCGAGUUACGACUGGUGACAUUGCCAAGAGACGGAAUGGCACAAGAUUGCGGCUGUUCUCAUCAGAAGAGACGAAUCUACGGCGUCCCAACGCAUUUAUCUUGCUCAGGCAGCUCGAUGGCGAACUUUGUAUUUCUCUGCAGCAGCACAGGUGGAUAGGGAGCAGGUACUGUACUCUUUUGUCGAGGAGACAGCUUUCUGCCACAGCGACUGCCCAAGGUGCAAAGACAAGAGCAGAGGAUUGUACCUCCUGCUCAUUGGAACCGACAAUGACAAUGUGCAGGGAGACAGACCAGGUAGAGGAGAGUCAUGAGACAGCACUGACUCUUGAAAUGACAAGGGCCGUACAGGAUGUGGCUUGUGGGUCAGCAGAGUUCUUAGCUGCGGAUUCUGUUCGUCGCCAAGCACGCAUACAUCGGCGCCCUGUUUCUCAACUCAAAGGCGGAUGCCAGACCUGGUUAAGCCACCUGACAUCCACCCAUGGCGUCGACGUCGCAGAUCUGAAAGACAAGAUCUCAUGGGAAGAGUUAACACGGCUUUGGAAGAAGCGGUUCAUCGUGGACGACGCACCUGCACUCGCCAUCAACCAUCUCUUCGCCAUGACGGAAGGCAACACAGCAACACGUGACUGGCUCACGGAAUGGCAGAAGAUCGCGGCAACACCCGAUCUGGACUUACCAUUUUCGCAUUUGCGCCGCGAGUUCUAUAACAGUACCAACUCCGUUGAUGGACGCCAGAGUAGAGGUUGUCGACCUUACGCCUACAUUGCGAAGAUCGACCGCAAGUUCAAGACGCAACGGUACGACGACAUCGACGCACCAUUGUUAUAUGUACGCAUUCAGAUCGGAGAGGCGACCUGCAACGCUUUGAUCGAUUGCGGAGCAUCUCGCAACUACAUCAGCCAGGACUUCAUGGUGCGCGCCGGCCUUGGCCCACGCGUCCGAAGGAAGUCCCAGCCCACGCAAGUCACGUUGGCAGACGGUCACACGCACAAGUCAAUCGACCGGUGCAUUGAUGAUGUCCCAGUGUACUUUGCCCCUCACGCAAGUGAGGCGGUGUCCUUUGACAUUCUGGACACCAAAUUCGACAUGAUCUUGGGCAUGUCGUGGCUGCGAAGCGAGGACCACCCGGUGAACUUCUACCGCCGCACCGUUCACGUUCGUGAUCGGAACGGAGUACUAGUCCCAUGCACGGUGGCUCCUCCUCACCCUUCUAUCAGUUGCCACGUGGUAUCCACCUCAAGCAUGCGAGCUUCCAUCAUCAGAGACGACAUCGAGGAGAUGGGGGUGUGUUUUCUCCACGCCCUCCGGCCCCAUGACGCUUCACCGACGGACUCAUCUUCAGAUCCACGCAUCACCGAGCUUCUCGACGCCUACGGCGACGUGUUUGAAGGCCCGCACGGAGUAGUACCGGAUCGGCCCAUCCGCUACGAGAUCAUCCUCGAGGACGGGGCCGUACCUCCGCGUGGUUGCAUCUACCGAAUGAGCGAGGAAGGGUUAAGUGUGCUUCGGGCACAACUCGACGACCUUCUGGAGAAAGGCUGGAUUCGGCCUAGCUCAUCGCCAUACGGUGUUCCUGUUCUCUUCGUCCGGAAGAAGAACAAGGAUUUGCGGUUGUGCAUCGAUUAUCGCAAGCUCAACGCGCAAACGAUCAGAAACGCCGGCCCUCUCCCACGCAUCGACGACCUUCUCGAGCGACUGGGCGGCGCCAAGUUCUUCUCCAAACUGGACCUCAAGUCGGGAUAUCACCAACUCGAGAUUCGGAAGGAGGACCGCUACAAGACCGCGUUUAAGACACGAUAUGGGCAUUUCGAAUGGCUGGUUAUGCCAUUUGGCCUUACGAAUGCCCCGACCACUUUCCAAGCGGCUAUGACAACGGAGUUCCGACAUAUGCUGGAUCGUUUCAUACUUAUCUACCUCGACGACAUCCUGGUGUACAGCCGGAGUUUGGACGAGCAUGUGGAACACAUGCGCACCGUUUUGGAGCGGCUACGACAAGCCAAGUACAAAGCAAACCGCGACAAAUGCGAAUUCGCGCGGCAGGAGCUGGAGUACUUGGGACAUUAUGUGACGCCGCAAGGCAUCCGUCCGCUCGCGGACAAGAUCGAGGCCCUCUGCGUAUGGCCCGAGCCCACCAACACCACGGACGUCCUGCCUCCCAUCAACUCGCUUGAUGAUGCAAGGAAGAAGGAGCUGCUCGCAUUCGUCAUGGCUCUCAAGCGAUGGCGGCACUUCCUCCUUGGGCGUCGUAGGUUCACAUGGGUUACAGAUAACAACCCACUGACUUACUACAAGACGCAGGAUACGGUGAGCAGCACGAUCGGGCAAUGGAUGUGCUUCAUUGACCAAUUUGACUUCACACCGAAACAUCUUCCCGGCCUCUCCAAUCACGCAGCAGAUGCACUCUCGCGAAGACCKGAUCUUUGCGCUAUGACACAUCAUGCCUUCGCAUUCGACGAGGAACUUCAGCGACACUUCAUCCGGGGAUAUGAGUCGGAUCCGGACUUCGCCACGUUGUAUGCGCAGUUAUCUUCGGAUCACCCGCCGGCCAGCCACUAUCGCAUUGCUGACGGGUACUUGCUCCUCCACUCGAGAGGCAAGGACUUAUUGUGUGUCCCACGAGACCGUCGUCUUCGGACUCGCCUUCUCGGCGAGUACCAUGACUCGCGACUCACCGGCCAUUUCGGAGUCAACCGCACCAUUGCACGGCUUCGACAACGAUUCCGAUGGCCCGACCUCGUUACCGAUGUCACUCGGUAUUGCGACUCUUGCGAAGUUUGCCGACGAAGCAAGCCCCACAAUCGCAACCCCUACGGCGAGUUGCACCCGAUGCCUAUCCCACGGGAACCCGGCCUCUCCAUUGCCAUGGAUGUCACCGGACCAUUUCCUCGUGAUCGCCUCGGGCACGACGGCAUCCUCACGGUUGUGGACCGUUUGAGUUUCCCCUCUAGCACAAAUGCUGCAGUGAUGACCAUGGCCCUUUCCUUGGGAGGUGCAAUGCUGGUGGUUCUUUCUCACCCUGAUUUAGCAAGGGCUGCACUUGAAGAAGGGUCUCGCUUCCCAAUCCAUCAUCAUCAACAUGCUGGAUUGGAUUCCGACCUGCGCGCCCUUGCUCUUGGACCCGGAGGCCCUCUGAUGGAGGACUUUUGGGACAACAUGCGGAGGUACGUUCUCUACUUCUUCACCGUCGCGACGGGGGGGUUGUACACGUUAGUAAAACCGCUUGCUGAUCUGCUAAGAAGACCUGCCACUGCGGUGCUAGUUGUCGUCAUCGCAACAGGGGUCCUCUAUCUCACAUACACAACGGUUAAUACGAUGCUUGGCCUCAACCAGGACUUUGACUAUCUUUAUUCACAGUGAUUCGGUCCAUAUACAUACACGCAAGUGGAGAGUGAAGAAGUUAGCCCAUACGUGGUUACCAGUACUGCUAACAAACACGGUUGAAUACGAGUAGUUCCACCCAACGUGGUUGGCUACGAUCAGUGGGAACCAACGUGGUUAAUAGUUCAAACAACUGUGGCUUUGUUGUGCUAGCCAACAUGGUUCCCACUACUGCUAAUGAAUAUGGUUAGUUUACUAGUAGUGGUAAUGAAUGUGGUUUUGUGGUGCUAACCAACGUGGUUGGUUACUUGGUAGUAGUUCUAACCAAUGUGGUGUUUUAGUGCUAACCAAGACAGUGUUUUAGUGCUAACCAAUGUGGUUCGCAGUGCUACAGCACUGUGCACUUGUAGUGCUAAUCAACACAGUGUUAGAGUGCUAAGUUGCUAACCUAUGUGGUGUUAUGGUGCUCACCAACGUGGUUGUUACUAGUGGUAGUGCCAACCACUGCCCUUGGUUACUAGUAGUGCUAACCACAGUUGUUGGUUACUAGUAGUAGUGCUAGCCACUGUGGUUGGUUACUAGUAGCAGUGCUAACCACUGUUGGUUACUAGUAGUGCUGCUAGCGAACGUGGUUCACAGUACUACAAAAAGGUGUUAACCGAUGUAACCAAUGGUUUGUUUGUGCCACAAACUGCUGGUUGGUUAGUUUGUAGUACGACACCAUAUCUUUUCAAAUUUCACGC